GCCAAAAGCCCAUUAAAACAGAAAGCCCGGCUAAGACGUCAGGUGAAAUCCAGUAACUCCACUCGUGGCAAUUCCACUCAAAGGUGCUAGUGCUGCCCACUCAAAUCUGCAGUCGUAGAUACGAAAACCAGAUAACGUCGAGCGCCCGGCGAUCUUCACUCAAUGGGGAAAUACUGCUGUAGAGUCGAAAGCUUGUACACGUAGUUUGGCAUUCGCAGUCGGUUGUUGGCGUUUUUAGUCUGCUCCCUCAUCUUCGACGCGUUGCAGCUGUUUUUUUGGAGUCGCCGCGAGUGCCAUAUUUGCUUUGACCGCGAAAAUUUCUGGGCUAAACAAAAAACAUAUAUAUAUAUAUUUGUAUAUAUAUAAAUAUAUCCCACUUAUUAGCCAUCUUUGUGAGUGCAACAAACUGUGAGUGAUGGUGGAAACGGCAACGACAACCACAAUAACGCGUACUACCACGGCGGUUCCGGCUGGUUCAGUAACGGUAACUGGACCCACUGCCUCGGCCACGCCCACUGCUACACAGGCGGCUGCGCAGGCGCAUCGCAAUGAUGAGACCACCCGGGCCAUCUUCAAUCUGAAAGUCAUCAUCUUUCUGCUUUUCCUGCCACUGGUCUUGCUAGCCGUCUUCCUCAAGCACCUGUUGGAUUACCUAUUUGCCCUGGGUCUAAAGGAGAAGGAUGUCAGUGGCAAGGUGGCACUGGUGACCGGAGGAGGCAGCGGCCUGGGUCGUGAGAUCUGCUUGGAACUGGCCCGUCGUGGCUGCAAGUUGGCCGUCGUUGAUGUCAACUCCAAGGGAUGUUACGAAACGGUGGAAUUGCUAUCCAAGAUACCGAGAUGUGUGGCCAAGGCUUAUAAGAACGAUGUAUCUUCGCCGCGCGAACUGCAACUGAUGGCCGCCAAGGUAGAAAAGGAGUUGGGUCCUGUGGACAUACUGGUCAACAAUGCCUCCCUUAUGCCCAUGACCUCCACACCCACCUUGAAAAGCGAUGAAAUCGACACCAUCCUGCAGCUCAAUCUGGGAUCCUACAUUAUGACUACCAAGGAGUUCCUUCCCAAGAUGAUAACCCGCAAGUCCGGUCAUCUGAUAGCAGUUAAUGCCUUGGCGGGCCUAGUUCCUCUGCCGGGAGCAGGUAUAUACACGGCCACCAAAUACGGAAUCGAGGGUUUCAUGGAGUCACUACGAGCUGAACUACGUUUGUCCGACUGCGACUACGUUCGCACCACAGUGGCCAAUGCCUACUUGAUGAGGACCAGCGGAGAUCUUCCCCUGCUCAGUGAUGCAGGAAUAGCGAAAAGCUAUCCCGGUCUGCCCACUCCUUACGUGGCUGAGAAGAUUGUCAAGGGCGUGCUUUUGAACGAGCGCAUGGUGUACGUGCCAAAAAUAUUUGCACUCAGUGUAUGGCUGCUCAGACUACUGCCCACCAAGUGGCAGGAUUACAUGCUGCUGCGCUUCUACCACUUCGAUGUUCGCAGCUCCCACCUGUUUUACUGGAAAUAGAAAAAUCAUAAAAAGAAGAGUAGUCCAAGAAGGUGUGCCCCCACCCAAAAGCAUUUACGCGGAGAGCUCUUGUUUGUUUCCCAUUUGCAGUUCUUAAUUCAACUGUUGCUUACGCUAGGUGUAUAUGUGUAGCUAUUUAUACGAAACUUUAACUUAAAUUAAAUCUAUAUUCUAACAUUA